CCGGCAGUGAAUUACAAAGAGCUGUGACAAAUAUCUUUGACAUUCACAUCAUGUCAUCCUGAGGGUGGACCACUCAUUGAUAAUCCUCCAUAAGGGAGGCACAGCUGAACAGGAGAGCAGAGCAUCCAGGAGGAGAAAAUGUGCGUGUUCAAGUGUGUGUGUGUGUGUGUGUGUGUGUGUGUGCUUGUGUGUGUGUUGUUUUGGCUAUACACAGAGGUUCUGUCUAAGUGGCGUGGCUCGUGCUCAUGGCGUUUGUUAACAUUUAGACGUGUAUGUGUGUGUGCACAAGGGUUCUAUGCAGCACAUUAUUUUGCAGUUGUGGCUCUCUGUGGGAAAAGCCAUUACCAUGGCAACACCAAGCAAUGAGUACCUUUUAAAAGGCUGGGCGCCUCGCUCCCCCUCCCUCUCUCUACCCCCCUCCCCCCACUCUCUCUUUUAUCUGCUCUCAGGCCAUUCUACCCAUUUCACCCACAGCAGUCAGCUGGGAGACAGAGAGGAUGGCACAACAGGAUGAUUUCUUAAUAUCUGUUCAACAGCGUUCUUUCUAUCUUGCAGUCUACCAAUGUGCUUUUGGUCUGUUAGGGAAGAGUGAUUAGGAUUUGUCAUUUUUGCCACAGUGGGAUAUCUCUACCUACUAGAACAUUUUUGUGAUGUUCUAGCAAAAGGAUAUCUUGACAAUAAGAUGCCACCCCUGUGUCUCUUUUCUGGGAGAUUGGAUUGUUGAUGUUGCUUGUAUACUGACUGAGGUCUUGCUUACUGUAGAUGAUAGCUGGAUAUACACAGUUAAGCACAGAAUUGAUUUAAUUGUGAGUAAUGUCAGGGAGGAUGUUUUAUCCCAGGAGAAGACACAGGGAGCAGAAGCUUCUGGAUGUGGAGGCCGGAAAGUCUAACAGGGAGGAAGAUGAGGAAAAAGACUUAGAUUGUUUGCAGCAGUUCUCCCGCUGUCCCGCUUGCAACCAGGAGUGUGACAUCGUCCUGAUCCUGCCGUGCUCUCACACCAUGUGUGGUCACUGUAUAGCAGCUGGAGAGGGAAUGAGGUCAGGUCAGUCUCGGCACCGUAGUGUCGGUCUACCCAUCUGCUCUGCGCUGUGCCCGAGCUGUCAACAUCCUGUGGAGCUGCCAUGCUGGACCUGGACCUCUGCCACUUCCUGUCUCCCAAAACAUCCCACCAUGAGUCCUGCAUGUGUCAGCAAGGAGACAGGCACCAAGGAGGGAGCAUCUGAAGAUAACCUUCGAUAUGUGCAGGGGGACACAUACUGCUGGGAUGGAGGUGACAUGACAGCACAGAGCUGUUCACAUGGAUCCACUGCUGCCAGUUCCUCAGUAGCACCAGUGGAUGGCGUUGUAGACCUGCGAGAGGAAGAGAUGGAGCAGUCUGUCUUUGGACUGUGUUUUGCACUGGACCCUUCAACUGUCCCUCCAUCCCUCCAUCUUUCCAACUCCUCCCACACCGUCACCUACCAAGGGCGGAGCCCUCCUGGCCCACCUCCAGACAACAAGGUCAGGAGAUCAAUGACAUCUGACCCCAGGGUUACGCUGGCCCUCCCCGAGGUCUGCGCUGAUGUUGUCAUUGCAAGAGGACAGUAUUACUGGGAGGUGGAUGUCUGUAACAGCUCCAUCUACAGGAUCGGUGUGAGCUCACUGGAUGGUUCUGGCGGCUGGUGGCUCGAAAGGCAGGGUUUGUCUUUCAGUGCAGUGUAUGAUGGGAGCUGGGAGCCGCUCUGCACUGUCCCACCUCAGAUCAAAACCCUUGGGGUAUUCCUUAACAUUGGUGGGGGUGCCCUGAGCUUCCACAACCCUCUGACCCAAGAGCACCUAGCCACGCUGCCUACACGCUUCAACCCCGCUGGAGUGCUCCCCGCUCUGGGCCUGGGUCAGGGCCGACUGAGGCUGCGCUGCGGCCUCCCACCUCCUCCUCACGUGUUCCUCAGUAAGGACUCUGUCUACAGGGGACCUUGUGGGGCUGGUGGGGGCCGGUGGCGCAGGGAGAUUCCCUUCCAGUCAGUGAGGAAAGUGAUACAGAAGUUUGAGGAGCUGGCCGUGUCGGACUCAGACUCAGGCCUGGUGUCCAGUUUUGGAUCAUCCUGCUCGACCUUGACUUCCCUUUCAGAUGUGGGGAUUCCUGGGCUGUUUCCCUCUGGACAUGCAGGACAGGAAACAGGCUGAAUAAGAAGAGCUUCUGAAACUCUUCAGUGGGAGCAUCAGAAACACCCACUGCUCCUCUGAGUGGUUUGUUCUUUGGCUGUCAUUUGAAAGGCUAAUUUUCCAUCUUGAAGGACUUUUGGCUGCUUCUUCCCACUCUCUGCGUGACCCCGGACCUGCAAUUGACUCUCUCCCCAGGACACAGCCAUUUCUCUCAUCCAAACAACCCCCACUGGUUUGAGAUCGGGCCAGAAAGAGUCCUCUGUAAUGUGAAGUGUGAGGAAAGGGUGGGCUUUUAGCAGCAGGACUCCUUGAUUUGUCUCUGUGUGACGGUUGUCAGACAGUAGGGGUCCUACAGUAGUAGUGCGCAUGUUCCUGUAUGUGUGUAUGUGGGCGCAAGCACUACCCCGAGUAUGUGCGUUUGCUCAGUCGCAUUUCGGUGUGUGUGUGAGCAAGAGGGAACAAUGUACAAGCGGCAGGGGGUGAGAUGACGAGGUGUGAGUACAGUGACACCAGCGGUGUUGACGCAGAGCAGCGAGGACAGGUGGCAAUAUACGUUUAUCCCGCGGCCUGCCUUCGAUAGAACAGUAGAGCUGCCCUUUUCUGACCCUUUGAAAACCACAGGACGUCCCAAAGACUUCAAAAGGGGCGACAGAGAGCAGUAGAACAGAGUGGGAGCAGCAUGAGAAAACAGCAUGCAUGAAUUAAAGACAGCAGGUGAUGGCCUGGUAAAAAAAGAAAUGAGCUGAGAAAGGGAUUCCCACCAGCUUUCAUCCCAAGAAGCUCUGAAUAGAUCAACUGGCUCAGGCCACGCCAUCUGAGAACACGUUUUAAGGUAGAACUGAGCUGCGUAAGCCACUACUUUACAUUAGAAGUGGUAAGAUUACACUAUAGUGAAAGAGAUGCAUUAGCUGUCUUGGCACAUUAAAUGAUGAAAGUGGCACUUUUUUCAGGCAAGCACAUGUCAUUUUAUUGGUCAGAUGUUGAAUAAAAAUGUGUGUUUUCAUACCUCUGUUUGCUAAGGGUUUUUUUCCUGCAACUAAGACCUUCUCUUCUGUCUCUUCUUCUUUGGCUUUUAGCUCCACACACCCCUGGUUUUGCAUGUUAGGCACAGAUUCAUUUUGAGCAAUUUUGGCAAACGAAAUAGUGAAAGUAUAAACUUUUCCUCAUUUUCUCCUCAAUCCUCGGGGCUCCAAGCCUCAUUUGAAGAACCACUGGUGCCGAGGACUAUUUAUACUUGGCAUCUAUUUAUACUUGGCAUCUAUUUAUACUUGGCAUGGCCUUGUUCAUAUUCUCCAUGUGACCACUUGACUUAUGAUUAAGUAAUGCAGGCCCUAUUGAAGAACUCCCUCCUGCCCUGCUUUUCAAUCACUGUGUUUGCCUUUCUGGAAGGUGCAGACCUCCCAAACUGUAAAUCUCAUUGUAAGAAGAAAAGACAAAAAUCCUUGCAAUUAAAACAAGCAUCAUUUAGCAGCAGCACUGCAGGGGCACUUUUGAGGAGAGUAGUGGAGUUGGACCGAUUUUCCACUGAGCAUCAUUCAUUUCAUGCAUGCACGAAAUCAGUUAAGCAGGGGGGUCAGACUGAGUAAUAACCGAUGAGUCAAAGAGACGCUUGUUAGACUGCCGCCUCUCAGUCCACUCAUCAGGGUGACUGUGUGUUGAUGUUUAACGGUCGAGGUAUUUGCCGCGCGAGUAAAAAAUGCGUGUGCCGUGACCGCUUUUGGCGCAGCUCUGGCUGCAGAUGUAUUACGAAUAAAGUGUGUGGAAGCAAUUUGACUCUUGUAAACAGAAAUGAGAGGGUCGUGAUGCGAAUUUCAAAGGGCCGGGAGGAGACCGCGGGGGGAGUUUGCCAGGAAGGAUGGAUAAGACUUGAAACGCGUUGUGCCAUGUGUGCGUAUUUGGCAGCGCCUCGUCUGGCUUUCUGAACGUGAACUGUAUGGCAAGGUGCAGUGGUGGAAUGUAACUCAUUCAAGUACAUUAACUCAAGUACUGUACUUAAGUACAACUUUGAGAUACUAUUCUCAGUAUUUCCAUUGUAUGCUUCUUCCAGAUCUUUAUUUAUAACUUAUGUCACUGCUCUGUAUUUUUAAUUCGUUUUUAUCGUUUUUCUUUGACUCUUUUGUGUGUCUGUAUAGUGUCUUUUGUUUCUUUUAUUUCUCAUCUUAAUGCCUUUUUUAGGUCAAGCACUUGUCUUGCCUUUGUUGAUGAAAGGUGCUACAAAUAAUGUGUAAUGUACCUCUCCUCCACUACAUUUCAGAGGGAAAUAUUGUUAUUUUUACUCCACUACAUAUAUUUGGUAGCUACAGAUUACCUACAAAAUGUAUGAGGAGUUCAUAAAAUAUGAUGCAUUGCUAUGGUUUAACCACCCAACAGUAUAUAAAGUAGUUCAGAUUAGCCCCACCUUGGCCAACAACAACAGUAAAAUGCUGCUCACACUUGAAUGCAUCAGUAAUAACAAUCCAAUAAUAAAACAUACUAUAAUAUAACACUGACAGGAGCCAUUCUGCUUAGUAAUGUGCACUUAAGUACAUUUAGCUGAUAAUACGUCUGUGUUUUUACUGAAGUGGGAUUUUGAACAAAGGACUUUUAAUUAUAGUGGAGUGUUUUUAAAGUGUGGUAUUGCUACUUUUACUUGCUAUCUGCAUACUUCUUCCACCUCUGUCAGUUUAUAAACUGUGAUGCAUUGUUGCAGAUUGAACUAUCCGACAGUAUAUCACAUAGUUCAAAAUUUGCUUCAUCUCCACAAUCUUCAGCAUUAACAUGAUGAUUAAUGCAACCGUAAUAAUAAAUAAAUAAUAUGAUAUAUGAGUUGUAUUAUUAUAACACUCAUAUGGACCCAUUUUAUUAUGUAGGGAU